CCUAUAGGAACGGCCCAAAACAUAAGGCAGGAUUCCGCCUGGCUACAAAACCUAGCUCAUCUCCGCCGCGCCGCCGCCGCCUCGAUCUCUGCCGCUCUACGCCUAGGUUUUGUGACUCAAGGUUCGUGGCCUCCUCUCGAGCGCAGCCAACAUGCCGAAGCAAAUCCAUGAGAUCAAGGACUUCCUUCUCACAGCAAGGAGGAAGGAUGCCCGCUCUGUGAGGAUCAAGAGGAGCAAGGAUGCUGUCAAGUUCAAGGUUCGCUGCUCCAAGUACCUCUACACUCUGUGUGUCUACGACACUGAGAAGGCUAACAAGCUGAAGCAGUCUCUACCCCCUGGCUUGAGCGUGCAGGAGGUUUGAGAUUUGGAAACAGUGACUAUGGUUCCUCCGUUGGUUACUUCAAAGAUUUGUCAAUCUACCUUCAAUUUAGCUUAUGUAGUCGACUCCUGAACGAUGUUGCUAAAUGUUUUGCUGUUGAGAGAAAAAUGUUAUGUGGAAUUAAUAUGAUGACCGGCUGAUCUUGUGAAAUCAUGUCGAUGCUUUCUA